UAUUCAAGAGGAGGGACCCAGAGAUGCCGUGGAUGGACUCCGCAAACCCACAUAGUGUUUGGAGCAAGAAAUUCCAGUCAGCCAAACACACCCCCUAAUCAAAAAUCCUGGAUGAGACUGACGAGAAGAGAAACAAACUCAUUGGUUUAGAGCUUCGUGUUCACCGUCUUUUUGCAGACCCAAAAUUCUGACAUGGAUGAUAGAUAGUAUGCUCACCGGCCACCCCCUUCUUAUAUAAUAUUAAUCCGCAUGUCCGAAUGUCCAUGGCAAACUAAAUGUUACUUUGAUGUUCAUUUUUCGCUUCUGGUUUUAGGGUUUUCCUCCUUCACUAGCCGCAGAACUCCUGGUAUGCCUCUGCUUGUGCUGAAAUCUUCAUCCAUGAUGGUAUGACUGCCUUGUUUAACUUGGAGAUAAUUUAAUUUGAUUUCCCCUCCAACCUUUAGCUCUAUAUUUAUAAAAUUAAUGGCCCGGAAGGGUAGUCAACAAAAGAAUGGAAUAGACCGCCAUACAUCAAACCACAAAAAGAGGAGCUCAGAUUCAGGAUGUGCACAGCCCAAUGUAAGGCAGCAUGAAAAAGAUAGUGAGGUGAAGGUUUUUCCUGGAGAGGAACUUCCCAAUGGUAACCAGCCAAGCAGUCCUCUUGCAAGGAGUGCAAGUAAAACAAAUUAUGCAGGAGAUGACAACAAAAGCAAGCAAGACUCUGCAAAGUUUGUGAAGAAAGAAAAGCAAGGGAUGGAUGGAAUAGAAGAACCAGAGCAGCCAAUGCCUUUAGAAAGUGAUUCAGGAGAUCUCAAUGGCAUUUCUGAAGCUUCAAGUGUAAGAGAAGAUACUGGAACAUCACCUCAGAGUGAUCAAAGCCGGAAGAAUAGUAAAAGCAGAGUACAUCGCUCAUUGAAUAAACUGGAUAUUCAAAAUAUGAUGGAAAGAUUGGAGUUCUCAGAUAAUGUAGUUGUGAGAAAUCUGAAGACAUCGACGCUAUCCAUCUUGAAAGCAGCUAAUGAAUGGCUGGAGAGGCAUAGACCCUUUUUCAUUUCUAUAAGAACAAAUGUGCAGAAUGCUCAUGUUUAUUUUAAAACAAAGAUUGAGCAGGCAUAUCCCGUUGUUUUGAAAUGGCUUAUGCAGUUUGGCAGUCUUGUGCUUCUUCUAUUGAUGGUUUGGUUAGACUGUAGUGUUAGGGGCAUUGAUUCCUUUCUACGCAUGGGGACAACGUCAUUCUUCUCAGUUAUAUGGUGCAGCACUCUUUCUGUAAUUGCAAUGGUUGGGGUGUUCAAACUUCUUAUUGUUUUGGCCUUAGCUGCUAUAAUUGGAGCUUUUGUUGGGUUCACUCUUGCAAUUCUGGUAGUUGCCAUUUCUGGAAGUCUUUUCUUGUGGCUUUAUGGAAGUUUUUGGACAACAUUGCUUGUCAUCUUCCUUGGAGGGUCGGCAUUUGCAUCCAGUCACGAACGUGUUGCACUUUUUAUCACUACCAUAUACUCUGUCUACUGUGCUUGGACAUAUGUUGGAUGGCUUGGUUUGCUCGUUGGUUUCAAUCUAUCGUUUAUCUCAAGUGAUAUUCUGAUAUACUUCCUAAAGAAUAACAUAAAUCAGAACAGAAGACCCAACGGAUCUCCUCAGCAAGCAACUGGAAUGCAAGGUCAACAAGGGUUCUUCUACAGUGAGCAGGUGCAUGCUUCAUCCACUGAAACUGGCUCUGGCAUUUCUGUUGAUCGUAGCCCUGGAAUACCUUCAACCACUGGGGUUGAUUCUGAGAUAACUUCUGAAGAUGAAGUUGUUCGUUUGUUAAACUGUACUGAUCACUAUUCGGUGUUGGGAUUGUCUCGGUAUGAGGAUGUGGAUGUUACUUUACUGAAGCGGGAAUAUAGGAAAAAGGCAAUGUUGGUUCAUCCUGAUAAAAAUAUGGGAAAUGAAAAGGCUGCAGAAGCUUUUAAGAAACUUCAAAAUGCAUAUGAGGUUUUACUUGAUUCAUUGAAGCGGAAAGCAUAUGAUGAUGAAUUGAGGAGAGAGGAACUACUUAAUAUAUUCCGUAGGUUCCAAAGUUCUUCACAACAGAAUGGAGCACAUGGAAUCUUUGCCUCUGGAUUUGCACGCUCAGAGGCUGAUGGUGAGGAUCCAUUUGGGGAUUCAAGGAGAAUAGCUUGCAAGAAGUGCGGCAAUUUUCAUAUGUGGGUACUCACCAGGAAAUCAAAAUCUCGAGCGAGAUGGUGCCAGGAUUGCAAAGAUUUUCAUCAAGCAAAAGAUGGUGAUGGAUGGGUCGAACAAUCUUCUCAACCCUUCUUAUUUGGAUUAUUGCAGAAGGUGGAAGCUCCCCGUGUGUUUGUUUGUGCAGAUAGCAAGAUAUAUGAUGCUACUGAAUGGUAUAUAUGUCAGGGAAUGAGAUGUCCACCCAACACUCACAAGCCAAGUUUUCAUGUGAAUACGAGUAUGACAUCAAAGCAUAACACUGGAAAGGGGUCAAGUUCAGGACAAAGAGGGAGUCGGAUGCCAGCAUCCAAUAUGGAAGAGUGCAUGACAGAGGAAGAAUUCUUUGAGUGGUUACAGAAUGCGGUGCAAGCAGGCAUGUUUGACAAUAGUGGCGCCUCCACUGCAAGCCCAUCUGCAAAACCCGGAAACACUACAAAGAGCGGAGGAAGCAGCAAUAAUAACAGUGGCAGCAAAAGAAAGAAGAAGGGAAAGAAAGCAUGGUGAACAUUUAAAGUGUUAGUGGGAGUCGAUAAACUUCUAUAGUGGCCUGGUUUCUUUCCAAAAGUAAGGCCCGAGGAAAGUUAGUUUGACCACAUCAAGAUUGUUUGCUGGAAUGAAUGGUAUAAUCCCCUUCAGCCUGCAUUCUACAGAGUUUGUAUAGCAUUUCGUCAUCCUUAACCAUCAUAAUCAUCAUCUUCUUCUGCUUCUCUUUAGAUUUUGUUUCUCAUUCAAGUUUAAAGUUAGACCAUUAUAUACCGACUUAAUAUAGAUUGAAGGCAAGUUAUGGCA